AUGGCCCUAAACGUAGCCAAUUUUUGCAAGAAUGUUCGUCACGCUUCAAGACAUUUCAAGUCAGUUGGUACUUUAAUAAACCAACACAUAAGAGAAGAACCCCGACUCGCAUUGAGAAUUAAUACAGGUCCACGAAAAAUAAACAAAAAAAAAGAUCCUUUGAAAAAACUGGCACAGGAACCUGUGAAACUACUGAUACACAACACUGUUUCAUUAGGACAGGCAAAAGGCAAUAAAAUCGUACCGAGAUGUCCAAAUGCGCCUGAUCACCUUAAACGUGGCCCCACUACACCGUGUUACCCUUGCAAAACUCAAAGUAAAUCUAGUCGCUCAUCAGAAGAUAUAUGCGCUGCCUAUUUUCCAGGUGGUGCUCGCAAAAAACCAUGCGUCUGCAGUAAUCCUUGUGGUCCUAAAAAAGAUCCAUGCCCCAAAUCAAAUCCAUGCGGCCCUAGAAAAGACCCAUGUGGCCCAAGAAAAGACCCAUGUGGCCCAAGAAAAAAUCCUUGUGCACCAGCUCCGAAAAAAAAAUGUGUCCCAGACCUGUGCGCUCCAAAAAAAUGUGAACCAUGUCCAACUCCACCCCCUAAAAAAAUAGUAUGUGAUCCGUGUAAGCCCCCUAAAAAAGGCCCAUGUGGUUAA